CCGCCGCGCGCGCCCAUUGGCUGAGAGCCGGGCAUGAGCGCUGGCGGCGGGAAAUUCUGGAGAACCGUCCAGACCCGCCAUGGAUCGCCUUCGGGGCGUGCGCGCACGGCUGCAGGAGUGGGAGCGCGCUUUCGCGCGGCUGCACGGACGACGGCCGGAGCAGGCGGACGUAGAAGUGGCACCCGAAGAGACCCGAGCGCUCUACCGCGAGUACCGUACCCUGAAGCAGGCUGUGCGCCAGGCUGGUGGCGGAUGCCUCAUCCCGGAGCAGUCACUCACUACUGUAGCCGAGGAGGUAUUCUGGCCCUUCACCCCAGUCUUGUGGUCUGCGUUCUGUAUAGUCAACUGGCAAGAGUCAAGAGCAAUCGCAGCCAUGCCUCCAUGAAACACACAAGCUGGGUGGGGAAAGGCCAGGCCCUCCUCUGGUAUGGGAUAGCGAAGGCUUUGGAAACCCAUGUCGUCACUGCCCAUGCCAUUUUUUUUUGUGGUCUGGGCCGCUAUUGUGUACUGCAGGCACAGGAGCCCAGCUGCUGGGGUCCCCAUCUGAAUCGAGCUGCAACCCAGAAUGCACAACCUACUCCAAAACAGAGCCCACGGAGUUCUGUACAGGACUAUGGGAAGAGGCUCAAAGCCAAUCUGAAGGACACCCUACAGGCUGGGCCAAACUUAGGCCGAAAACUCCAUCCUCAAAAGAGACCCUUGUCCAUGAUGCCCACUCCAAGGUGGUCAAGCCCACAGACUGCCCCCACCUGUCCAGGUGAAGCUAAUGAUGUCCUUCCCCCGCCAAGGUCAGGCCGGCUCCAGCAGCUUCAGGCAUCCCUGAGCCAGAGGCUGAGCUCCCUAGACCCUGUCUGGCUGCAACGGUGUCAUAACGAAGCCUCAGAUUUUCUGGAGGCCCCGGGUAUCUAUAAUCCUGGCCUGAGUGCAGAGGAGUCACAACCUCUGCUGUCAGGCAAGGUGAUGGUCCUUGACCCUGGUAGUCACUCAGAAGCAUCAUCACUGGCCCAAGUAGACUCAUGGAGCCCCCAUCCCAGCAAAAGUCAAGGCAAGAAGCAGAAACGGAAUGAGAACUGGGAGGACUCUGCACAAGUCCAGCAGGACAGCAGCCAAGCAAGACACCUGCGUGAAGUAGUUGGGGCUACUGCACUUGAGAAAGACCCUCGAGGGGAACCCAUGCAAGUGAAUCUAUCUCGGCCCUGCAAUUCCUCUAGGCAAACCAGGACAGAGAAGGCUGAGGGGCCCAACCAGCUUCGCAUCUCCUCUCGACCAGCUAUCCUGGACAAGGGGAACUAUAUUCGACUCAACAUGAAGCAAAAAUGCUAUGUACGAGUUGGGGCCCUUCGAGGCCGGUCUCUCCGAAAGCAGGUAUGGAAGCAGAAGUGGCAAAAGAAAGGAGAGCACUUUGGGGGAGGUAGAUCCAGAGCCACAGUCAAGGAUUCUUGUUUCCAGUGUGGGCAGUUUGGUCACUGGGCAUCCCAGUGCCCUCAGCUGGGUUCCACCCUGACCUUCCAGAAGAAGCGUGGCAAGGAUGACACACAGCCCAUUCCCACUUUGGAAGUAGCCCAGAGAACAGUUACCACUUCCUGUCACCACUCUGAUAAGGACAGAAAAUCUACUGAGCCACAGCUGCAAGUGCCCUAUUCCCCUUGUCCAGUGUUGCCCCUCUACCCACCAGGGCCCUUGGGGCAGGUGGCAGAGACCCCUGCUGAGGUGUUCCAGGCCCUGGAGCAGCUUGGAUACCAAGCCUUCCGUCCUGGGCAAGAACAUGCAGUCAUGCGGAUCCUGUCAGGCAUCUCCACUCUGUUGGUGCUGCCCACUGGUGCUGGCAAGUCUCUGUGCUACCAGCUUCCUGCACUACUAUAUGCACAGCGAAGCCCUUGCCUCACACUGGUGGUCUCUCCCCUCUUGUCACUCAUGGAUGACCAGGUGUCUGACCUGCCCCCCUGUCUCAAAGCAGCCUGCCUCCACUCAGGCAUGACCAAGAAGCAACGGGAAUCUGUCAUCAAGAAGGUCCAGGCAGCCCAGGUGCAUGUGCUGAUCCUGUCCCCUGAGGCAUUAGUCGGGGCUGGGGCUAGGGGCUCUGCCAGCCUCCCCCAAGCCAGUCAGCUGCCUCCAGUGGCUUUUGCCUGCAUUGAUGAGAUUCACUGCCUCUCUCAGUGGUCACACAACUUCCGGCCCUGCUACCUCCGUAUCUGCAAAGUGCUUCGGGAGUGCAUGGGUGUGCACUGCUUCUUGGGUCUCACAGCCACCGCCACACGAAGCACUGCCCGUGAUGUGGCUCAGCACCUGGGCAUAGCUGAAGAGCUUGACCUCUGUGGGCCAGCUACCAUUCCUAUCAAUCUGCACCUUUCCGUGUCCAUGGACAGAGACUCAGACCAGGCUCUGGUAACACUGUUACAAGGUGACCGUUUUCGUACCCUGGAUUCUAUUAUCGUUUACUGCAAUCGACGGGAGGAUACAGAACGGGUAGCUGCACUCCUCCGGACGUGCCUGUCUGCAGUGAGGGACUCGGGGCAGAAAGGUCGUGGCCCUGAGGCUAUAGCUGAAGCAUACCAUGCUGGCAUGUGCAGCCAGGAACGCCGGCGAGUACAGCAGGCUUUUAUGCAGGGACACCUGCGGGUGGUGGUAGCCACAGUGGCCUUUGGGAUGGGGCUAGACCGGCCAGAUGUACGGGCUGUGCUACAUCUGGGGCUGCCCCCAAGCUUCGAGAGCUACGUGCAGGCUGUAGGCCGUGCAGGGCGUGAUGGGAAGCCUGCCCAUUGCCACCUGUUCCUACAGCCCCAGGGUGAAGAUCUUCAGGAGUUGCGCAGAUAUGCGCAUGCUGAUGGCACUGACUUCUUGGCCGUGAAGAAGCUGGUACAGCGUGUAUUCCCACCCUGCACCUGCACCUGGCUGCCCCCAGGAAAAGAAGGAGGCAUCAACGGGUUGAAGUCUAUGACCAAGUCCCCACCUCAGGAGGCCAAACAGAACAGUGACCACCACACAGCUCCAGUACUGGCCCAGGCUUGCCUGGGCCAUAAGCGGGCACUCCCAGUGCAAUCAACAGUACAGGCUCUGGACAUGCCAGAGGAAGCCAUUGAGACUCUGCUGUGCUACCUGGAACUACACCCACAGCGCUGGCUAGAACUGCUGCCAUCCACUUAUGCCCACUGCCAUCUGCACUGCCCUGAGGGCCAUGCCCAGCUGCAAGCCCUGGCCAAUAGGUGUCCCCCUUUGGCUGCAUGCUAUGCCAAGUGGCCACCUAAAGACACAAGUCAGGGAAGCAGCUCCUUAGAGUUUGACAUGGUGGACCUAGCAGACUCAAUGGGAUGGGAGCUGGCCUCUGUACGGCGGUAUCUCCACCAGCUGCAGUGGAACCAAGAGCCAAGGACAGGUGCACCACAGAGCACAGGGGUGCUUGUGGAAUUCAGAGAGCUGGCCUUCCACCUGCACAGCCCUGGGGACCUGACAGCUGAGGAAAAGGAUGAGAUCUGUGACUUUCUAUAUAGCCGUGUGCAGGCCCGUGAACACAAGGCCCUGGCCCAUCUUCGCCAAAUAUCCAAGGCCUUUCGCAGCGUGGCUUUUCCUAGUUGUGGACCCUGUCUAGAGCAGCCUGAUGAGGAGCGCAGCAAUCAGUUGAAGAUGUUGCUGAGUCGUUACUUUGAGGAGGAAGAGGAAGCAGAGGAGAAUGAGGAGAGCACAGAGCCUGGGCAGGCCCAACUCCAAGACUGGGAGGACCAUAUUCGCCGUGAUAUCCGCCAGCUCCUGUCCCUGAGGCCAGAGGAGAGGUUCUCGGGCAGAGCUGUGGCCCGCAUCUUCCACGGCAUUGGAAGUCCCUGCUAUCCCGCCCAAGUGUAUGGGCAGGACAGGCGCUUCUGGAGAAAGUAUCUACACCUGAACUUCCAUGCCCUGAUGCGCCUUGCCACAGAGGAGCUCAUGCUGUGGGGCCGAUGACCACCCUACAUACGAGGGUACUGCAUCAUGGAGGCAUGAGGCAAGCCAGGCUGUGGCCACUACACACUAAGGUGUCAGGUUCAGCUGUUCACCAAUGAUGCAGCCAUCAUUGACCACUAGAUAAAACCUGCGAACUGCAAUGUGGGGCCAAAGAAGAUCCAAAAUGCAAAAUAAAAAGCAAUCAAGUCA